AUGUCGACCACAAAACGCUCCUUCAAGCGUCCCUUCCAGCCUAGCAUCAGCUCGUAUUUUGGCCACCCUACCCGCGACAGUGCCCCAACACCCGGCACCCAAGUGCACACACCAAGCUUUGCCCUCCCCAACACCAUACAAUCCUCUUUGCUGAACGUUGGAAUGCGUGUUCGAAAAUCCGUUCCGGAGGGAUAUCAGACGCAGCGGAAGUUAUCUUGCGGCGUUCCCAGUGCCUAUAAUAAUCUUACGCCGGAGCGCAACAGCGUCACCCCAUCGCGCGGCUUCACCGGCCUGGUGCCAUAUUGCGGGAUCCUCAAGAUCGGUGGUCACAAUACGCAGCCAGCCCCCUCCGAAGAAGAUCUCCCGCCCUUGCAGUUUGAUAGCGAUGACUGGGGGUUUCUGUCAAGUCAAGAAUCGAAAGCAUCCUCCGAUUCCCUUCGACCCAUAGUCACUGUGCCCGUGGUGAGCAACCACAAACGCCGUCGCGAGGACGAAGAUGACGAGCUGGAUGUGGAAUCGCAGCCCGUCUCUCCUCGUCCCUACCCCCCAUUCAGCCAUACACGAAUGCCAAACUUGGAUCAAUUGAGGCCCAUCGCAGUGCCCAAGACGAGGAAGAAGCCCGUACUCGAAUUAUUUGAGCUGAAGGAGAGCGAGAUGAUUGACGUGGGAGGUUUUGGAGAGGCCGAAUUCUUCCGGCCAGACGAAUGGGAAAAUGAUUGGGGUCAUGCGAAGGAGACGUGA